UUGUCGAACGUAAACCUGUGGGGUGGGGGAGGGGAUGCACAACGGAUAAGUGGGGCGGAGGCGAGGGUUGGGCUGUCUUCAGAACUAUCUCAUGUUUGUCUUGACGUCGAGAGAGUGAUGAGCAGAUGGGCGAACCGGCAAGUCGACUGUCUGGCGGGUGGAUGGAUGGAUCUGACAGUCGACUUUAUGAAGACGGUGUGUCUGAGGGGUGAUCGUGCUCCUCGUCAUGGUGCCACUCUCAGACCCACGGCGCUAAUGCCUGCACAUAUGGCCCGGCUUAGUGUGCCCCCGAGACGUGGUUUGAGCUAA